UUUAAACUCUUAGCCUAAACCCUUCUAACUACUAAUUGACUCCCCCAUUUCUUCCUUUUUCUGAAUCUUCUCUUUUCAGCAACAAAUAAUUAAAAAGUUAUUGGGUGUUUCGAAAAUCUCCCUAAAAAAUAUAUGUUUUUGUCCCUUCACUUUUCAUUUUAGCAGGAUUUUAGCAAUGGGUGUUCUCUUACUGAAUUCGCUCCCAUUAGGGUUCCGGUUCCGACCGACUGACGAGGAACUGAUCCAUUUUUAUUUACGGUCUAAGAUAAACGGAAAUAGAAACGAUGAGAUUGAAAUUAUUCGUGAAAUUGAUGUUUGCAAAUGCGAGCCCUGGGAUUUGCCUGACUUGUCUGCUAUAAAAACCCAAGAUCCGGAGUGGUUCUUCUUUUGCCCACUCGACCGGAAGUACCCAACCGGCAACAGGCUGAAUAGGGCUACCGAGGCUGGUUACUGGAAAGCUACGGGUAAGGACCGCAAGAUCAAGUCUGGCUCCACCUUGAUCGGCAUGAAGAAAACUCUGGUGUUUUACAACGGGAGGGCUCCUAGGGGAAAACGAACCAAUUGGGUUAUGCAUGAGUACCGUACUACACUCGAUGAGCUUGAUGGUACCAAACCUGGACAGAAUGCUUUUGUAAUUUGUCGUAUAUUCAAGAAACAAGAUGAGACCAUUGAAGAUAUAAAUAGUGAUGAAGUUGAUCCAUCUGUGUUGUCUCCUACUGAAGACAUGGCGUCAGAGUUAGAAGUGCCUCAAGCCUCUCCUACGGUAAAACAGGAAGCCGAGAAAGCCUGCGAUACCAGUGAAACAUGUUUUGCCAGUUUUCCCGAUGAAGUGAUUUCAAAUGCUGUUGCACCCAUAUUCGAGGGCAAUAGUGACAACCAUGAUAAUUAUAAUGAAAUAGACCAAGUGGCUGAAAUAUCCCCUGCAGAGGUGGAUCUACUUGAGGAAGCUUUGAAUCAUUUUUACGAUCCCAUGAUGGAGCCACUAUUUUCUCCAUUACACAAUCAGAUUGAAGCAGAGCAAGCACCUUGGAUGUUUGAUCAUGUGGGAAACUGUUACAAUGUGGAAUUUGGACACGGCACAAACGAAAAUGAUCCUUAUAUUUCUAACUUCCUGGAGUCUAUACUUAAAAAUUCGGAUGACUACCAUGGUGAUGACACUGGUAGUCAGAAGAAUUCAGAAUCUGAGACCCAUACAACCAUGACCAUUGGCAAGGAUGGUGGAUUUUGCAGUAAACCUGAUUCUGAAGUGGCCCAAGUGCUGCUUGGGACAGACACUGUCAACGGGGUGCCUCCUAUAGGGACUGCACAAGAUUGUGGAAUUCCAAAUAGUGAUGCAGAAUUAUUUAGCAAUCAUAUGAAUACAUCUUGUGAUAUUGAUGGUGCUAUCACUGGAAUCAGGACCAGGUCUCGCCCUUCUCGAAGUCAACUGGACUCUGAGAACCCCUUGGCACAGGGUAAUGCAUCAAGAAGACUACGGCUGCAGUGUAAACUUCAGGUCCACUCACUUCACUGUGACAAUGCAAUAUAUAACCGGAGUGAUGUAGAGAUAGAAGAUGAUUCAAAAUCAGUUGUUACAAAGGAGGAAAAAGUAGUGGAAAAGGAUAUCACUGUCGGCUGUAAUGCUGAUUUCGGCAUUGUUUUGGGUUCAAAGACCAUUGUUUCAGUUCGUAAAGAGACUUCAUCUCGGUGGUCAAAGGUGUUUUCAGUGCAUCACUCACGUAAACCAUUUGCUGUUGUUUUUCGGGUAGCUGUGAUGUUAAUCUUGUUUAUAGUUUUGAUUAGCACACCGAAGGCCUUGUAACUUGAUGCUACUUAUUGCGUUGUGUAUAGUUAACAGUAGCACAUCACCCUUUUUUUGCCCCCAUUUCGAGGAUCGUAUCUAGUUAGGGCUGCAGCUAUGUUUUUGAGUGCUGACGUUUAUGUAUAUGAUAUGAGUACAUCUAUUUAGUUGUUGUAUAUACAUAUAUAUAUAUAUAUUUUAUUUUUGCA